GCCCAUCCUACAUUAUGCUCUGGGGUCACCGUUGAAUCUUCUUUCAUGUGCUUCACUAAAUAAAAUUUCAUCUUUUAAAAUAUUUUAGUUUUAAUUCCUCCUUUGCUCUUGUUGUUGACUUGGCUUUUGUAGUUGUCUUGUAGUCAUCAAAUGAGCUUGCUGAUGUUCUUUUGAACAUUCCUUCUUUUUAUUGCUUCUAUUAAGUAGAUUAUUGUUAGUUUCUCUUAGAUUUCGUUUCUGUUUAUAUAAGUUACUCUAAGACAUCUGGUCCAAUGACAGACAACUCAAGUAGCGUGGUGAUUCUCAUAACUCUACUGAAUAUCUUGGUUUAUAAGCUCCAGAAACUCAAAGAAGCACAGCAAACCGAUCGCUUGCCUUUGUCUGUACGACAGUUAUGUCGUCGUUUUUCACUUCAAGAGAUCCAGUUGGCAACAGACAACUUUCAACAGGAACUGGUGAUCGGAAAAGGCGGGUUUGGAAUGGUUUACAAAGGGAUCAUAGACCUUGGACAGAGGAUUGUUGCUAUAAAGCGGUUGAAAUCCACGUCUACGCAAGGAAGAAAGGAAUUUCAGACAGAGAUUGAAAUGCUUUCACAGUUUCGACACAGCCAUUUAGUCCCUCUCAUUGGUUAUUGUGACGAGAGUGAGGAAAUGAUCCUAGUUUAUGAAUAUAUGCCUUCUGGAAACCUUGCUGAUCAUCUGCAUAAACGGGUAAACAAAGGCGAUAUGUCUUUACCUCCUUUAUCAUGGGUGCAGCGCCUCAAGAUUUGUGUUGGUGCUGCACAUGGACUUGAUUACCUUCACACUGGCACAAGCAUUAAGAGUAGAGUUAUACACAGAGAUGUCAAGACUACAAACAUUCUGCUGGAUGAGAAUUUGGAAGCUAGAAUUUCAGACUUUGGACUGUCCAAAACAGGUCCAGCAAAUCAGACAUGUACACAUGUGAGCACCCGUGUCAAAGGCACUCCGGGUUAUCUUGAUCCAUAUUAUAUCUCAACUCACAGAUUGACCAGGAAAUCUGAUGUCUAUGCAUUUGGUGUCGUCUUAUUGGAGGUCUUGUGUGGAAGACGAGCAGUGGAUAGAAGCCUGGAUGAUGAGCAAAUUAAUAUAGUUGGAUGGGCACAGCACUGCUUCAAAGAGGGACUCCUUGACCAGAUAACUGAUCCGAAUAUCAAGGGGGUCAUUUCCUCUGACGCCUUACAUGUGUAUAUGGACACUGCUAUCAAGUGUUUGUAUUAUCAACCCAAGCACCGUCCUACAAUGGCUGAGGUUGUGGUUGGUCUAGAAUCUGCAUUGACAUUGCAAAGAAAGAGUACACAAUAUCCUUUAGUCGAGAUGAUGCCUAUUCAUUGUACUGAAAUUGUAGAUUGUUCAAUACCUGAGGCUAAAGAUAAUAAUCACAGCCAAGAAUGUGAGAUUAUGCCUAUUCAUUGUACUGAAAUUGUAGAUUGUUCGAUACCUGAGGCUAAAGAUAAUAAUCACAGCCAAGAAUGUGAACAUACGGGGGAAGGAAUUAUAAACGUUUCUAAUGGUUGGCAUCACAAAAAGCAGUCUUCUGUUGGGAUGACUUUCAGAAAAAGGAUAAGUGGCCUUCUUUCAGUUAAAGCUUGGGCUUUCUCAGUUAAGAGUAAGAAAUUGAAGGCCGACAAUCGUGCAAGCUUCUUACCGGUAACUCCAUUGGUCAGACAAGAACCUUUGGACCAGGAAAAGGUUCUGCACUCAUCAAACUUGAAGAGCUUUACAUUCAAUGAUCUUAGUGUGGCUACUAGAAAUUUCCAUCCUGACAGUGUGGUAAAGCAAGAUGCUUAUGGUGUUGUUUUUAUGGGCUGGGUUGAUGCGAAUACAUUUGCUGCUGCAAAGUGGGGCACUGGACAGUUUAUUGCUGUAAAGAGAUUGGUACAUGAAGGUCGCGGCGAUUGGUUGGCAGAAAUCAAUUAUCUGGGGAAUCUUUGUCAUCCUAAUGUUGUGAGAUUGAUUGGGUACUGCCUGGAAGAGGAAAAUCGAUUUCUAGUAUACGAUUAUCUGCAGCAAACCAGCUUAAAAGAUCAUCUAAUCAAGAACUUGGCGUUUGGAACAGUGAAAGGAGGACGGCUAUUAGAUUGGCCAACACGCUACAACAUCAUAGAUGGUAUAGCUAGAGGAAUUCUCUAUCUUCACCGGGAUUCAAAACCAACAGUCAUGCAUAGAAAUCUUAAUGCUAGUAACAUACUACUUGACCAUGAGAUGAAUCCAAGAAUUUCAUACUUUGGAGGGGCUAAGAUUUUGGGGGAAAGUGAAAGUGAAAUGAGCACGAUGCGCGUAGUUGGCACAUACGGCUACAUGUCUCCCGAGUAUUUAAUUCAUGGGAAAUUUUCGGUCAAAUCUGAUGUUUAUAGUUUUGGGGUAUUAGUUCUGGAGAUAGUAAGUGGAAGAGAAAAUACAAGUUUCAGACAAUUAGAUCCCGACUUCCUUGCUGGUCAUGCAUGGGGACUCUAUCUCAAAGAAAGAUGUUUGGAACUGUUUGAUGAGGCAACCAUAGGAUCAUGUAAUCAGUCUGAACUGUCUCGAGCAAUUCAAGUUGGAUUAUUGUGUGUGCAAGAAUAUCCAAAAGACAGACCAAGCAUGGCCAUGGUAAUUUCGAUGCUGAGUGGUGGUAUUGAACUGCCUCAGCCAAAACGGCCGGCCUAUUUUAGGGAAGAACUCGAUUCCCAAAUAUCUUCACCAUCGAUCCAUAAAUAUUCUGAAAUAUCUUCACCAACAACCAGUUUAUUAACUCCUAGAUAGCAUGCAACAGCCUUAUGUCCUAAUCAUUCUGUUGGGAAGUGAUACGUCCUCUGUUCGUUGUGGGUGUCACUGUUUCCAGGCAGUUUCCGGCUUACCUGAGGCCUUCAAAACAACAUCGUACGGGAUGUAUCCUGUGAAGCGUCUCGUGCUUGGUAAUUAGGUUUAUACAAACGGGAGUUGAUAUCAGGAUGUCGGUUGUAUGGUCUGUUUUGUGCGUGUAGCGUUCUUUGUCUUGAUUUUUCCCCAUCCCCGCUAAAUUGUGAGGAUGCUAGUAUUUAUAGUGUGGCCGCACGCACUGUAGCUACAGUGACAAGCGACCCUUACUUAUCAGGGACAUGCUUUGUCAGUU